AUGAAUUUCCUCUCCGCCUUCGGUGAUCUGCCGCGAAUCCAGACCCGAAAAGCACUGCUGCUCCUCGACUUCCAAAAUGACUUCGUGCGCCCCACGGGCGCCCUUUAUGUGUCAAACACGCCAGAAGUCUUGGAGAUCCUUCCACAGCUUGCGAGUGCUUUCCGUCGCACGGGCGAUGUCGUCUGGGUCCGCUCGUAUUAUGAGUCACGGCAACCGCUGAUUAGCCCCGACGAGCAAGACGUGGUCGUCUUAAGUGGUGCGGGGGACCCUCAAAAGGAUGAGCAAAACCCAGUGCAUGAAGAGGCCUUUCUAUCCACUGACCCGCCUGCUUGUUGUUUGCCUCAAACGACCGGGGCUCAAUAUCCCGCUCCUCUACUCGCGGCGAUCGAUACCAGUUCGGAUAUCUUGAUCGAGAAAUCGGAGUACUCCGCCUUGCAAUCCCCUGGACUGGUUCUAUCUUUACGGACUCGUUUCGUUACUGAACUUUAUUUGUGCGGGUCUCUAUCAAACGCGUCUGUCCACGCUACUGCGCUUGACGCAGUGCGUCACGGUUUCUCCAUCACCCUAGUCGAAGAUUGCCUAGGGUACCGGAGCUUCUCACGCCACGAAGAGGCUAUGCGACGCAUGGCCGAUAUCCUCGGAGCCAGUGGUAUUACUACAGACGAACUUCUCACGGAGCUUGAUCGAGAGGAAACCGACGAGAUCGCGGCUAGCGAACCCCGGCCAGCGCGAACCGUACCACCAUCCGGAAUUGAAGUUGAUCUCGAGGAGCUUGACGUCAAACGAAGCAGCAUAGAUACUACGAGGCAUUCGCCGAGACGUCGGAGGCUUGACGAAAUUUUGGCUGAGAUGUCUGACGACGAGGAUGGCAGCCUGAAGGAGCUGGUGGAGCUGACUCGCGAGCGUGCACGCACUCGUUACAAUCAAGAAAAGCACAUGCAUGCGUCCGAAUCGGGUAAAAGCGCAGUGCGGACAAAAGUGCGCAGACGACACGAUCAGAAGGAUGGAGAGUCCGCUGCUCAGCCGACGGAUUCGCGACGAGUCAGGAAGACAAAACCAACAAUGAAUAUAUGUCGCCCAGGCGAUGUAAUCGGUGAGGGCGACUCGAAAAUUGUCUACGAUCUGGACUUGCCUGAGGGCGCAUUUGAGAAAAUUCGUGACGAAGUGGCAUGGCAAAAGAUGUACCACAUGUCUGGACAAGUUCCUCGUCUUGUUGCCGUUCAAGGCAAGCAUUCACCGGACGGCUCAAUACCAAUAUACCGCCAUCCCGCAGACGAAUCUCCUCCGCUUCUGCCCUUUACUCCAGUAGUGGACAAGGUCCGAGCUAUCGUGGAGCGAAUUCUAGGACAUCCCCUCAACCAUGUUCUUAUUCAGCUCUAUCGUGACGGGCAAGAUCGAAUAUCCGAGCAUUCUGACAAAACUCUUGAUAUUGUCCGCGGCUCGUCAAUCUGCAACGUUAGUCUCGGUGCUCAGCGAGUCAUGGUACUCCGCGCCAAGGGCACGGAGAAAGAAGAGGAGGGCUCGGGCAGGCUCACUCAACGUGUACCCAUGCCUCACGAAUCUCUAUUCGUUUUGGGCGAGAAGACGAAUGCUCGCUGGCUGCAUGGCAUCAAAGCCGAUAAACGCCAGGAAUCUGAAAAGUCUGUCGAGGAGCGUGCUUAUGAGGGUCAAAGAAUCUCGCUUACCUUCCGACACAUCGGCACCUUCUUAGAUCCCACCGGGGAUAUUAUCUGGGGCCAAGGGGCAGUCUCCAAAGUGCAAGGCGAAGCGCAUCCUGUAAUCCAUGGUGAACCGGACGAGACUGAACGACUGGUGCGUGCAUUUGGGGAAGAGAACCGAGCCAUCGACUUCAACUGGGACGCCGUUUACGGGAAUGGCUUCGACGUCGUCAACUUUGUCACUGCCACUUCUGCAAAGCUGAUACCGGCCGAGGAUGAAAUAGCCAAUCUGCGGGUUCAGAUUGGCUUGAGUGAGAAUGGAAUCAGGUACGACACUACGCCACUUGGUGCCGUACCGGGCGAGAACGUCAACUUGCCUCUCUAUAUCGAUGCAGACGGUACCCAAAUCGCCGGUGCAACGGACAUCCUACGGUACCUAGCACAACGCGUCCCGAAAUCAGAGCGUCCGGGUAUGGAGAUGCUGAGCGGCGGAAAAAAGCUGUCCGACAUCGAUGCCCUACUCGAAGAAUGGCGAAGGCAUAGUGGAAAUGAUGAACUCGACGCCCUCCUUCCGUGGGAAGACGCUCUAGAUGGACAAUACUACCUGGGCGGCAACUCCUUGACAAUUGACGACUGUGCACUCUGGCCAGUACUCAGAGACAUUGUCCAGAAGCGCGGGCCCUUGUCGGACAAAACAUACCCCAAUCUCUCUCAGUACUACACCCGCGUUGGAAAGCGUGGCAUUGUCAAGACGGUUCUUGAAGAGCUCAAAUGA